GUUGCGGUCGUUUCAUCAACGAGCAGUGGAUAAGUGAUAAACCGAGCCGUAGUCCAUAGUGGUAUGUUGUCGGCGUUUAAACGCAGUUGCACAAAGUGACGCGCGAGUACGCGUGGCAAAUGUCAGACCAAGAGUCGUCAUCAACGAACAACAGCUUUUACAACCUGUGACAGUUGGAUAAACGACCACGACGUUAUGGAUGGACACCAGGUGCGAGCGCUCUAUGACUUUUGUGGUGAGCCAGGAUCUGCUGAAUUAUCUAUCAUAGCUGGGGAAGUGCUGACCGUUAUGAGAGAUAAUGUUGGAGAUGGCUGGUGCGAAGGAUUUAAUCAAAAUGGUCAAUCGGGUCUUUUUCCUGCUGCAUAUGUUCAAGUAAUUGAAGCAACUGUCCCAACAACAGGUUCUAAUACAGCAAAUUCACAACAAAAUACAGGUGAUUACUGGGAUGACGAUUGGGAUGAUGAUUCUGAAAUUGGUCAAACGCAAGCCUAUGUACCACCUGUUCAACAUCAACCUAGUAUGCAAUCAGCCCAAGACUUAUAUAGUGAUACUCUAUCUAUACAUACCAUUCACUCAGUAAUACCAGAUAGAUCGAUUCCCAGUGUACCAAAGAAGAAUAACAAGUUCUCCACUCUGGUUAAGUCAGGUGAAGAAGGAUUUCUUCUUUGCUCAAAAAAAGUGAUGGUGCCAGAAUCCGAAAAAAUGUUUAUUGAAGAAGUUGAAGGUGGUCGCUUUGCUUGGAUUUCAACUGGUGAAAGUUAUAAUUGCGUUGUUACUUCACCAAAAAAAGAAUCUAAGCUCAAGGGUUUGAAGAGUUUUAUUGUAUACCAGCUCACCCCUACAUUCAACAACAUUCAGGUAUCACGCAGAUACAAGCACUUCGACUGGUUGCACGAGCGGCUCGAGGAAAAAUUCUGCUUCAUUCCAAUACCACCAUUACCAGACAAACAAAUAUCCGGGCGCUACGAGGAGCAGUUCAUCGAGCAUCGACGUACCCAGCUCCAGGAGUUCGUCGAUUAUGUCUGCCGGCACCCGGUGUUAUCACGGAGCCGCGUCUGGCAGCACUUCAUCACGUGCACGGACGAGAAGCGUUGGAAGGCUGGAAAGCGCCAUGCCGAGAAGGAGGAGCUCCUUGGAGUCAACUGCUUCCAUGGAGUCCAGUGUACCGACACGCCUCUUGAUGCCGUUAAAGUCGAGUUUCAGACUGAUGGAUUCGCUAGGUUCAUCGCUGGCCUGGAUCCCGUAGUAAAAAAUUUGAUGGCUAUGGCGACGGAUCAAGCUAAGAAGCAUCAGGUUCUCUAUAAACGAGAGUUUCAAAAGAUCGGACAGUGCUUCGGAGCACUCGGAAUAGCCCUCGAGGCUGACGACUUAGGAAGGACGCGUGGACGUCUCAAUCAGGCACUCAAGGACACGGGUGAGGCCUACAAUGAAAUUGGUAAACUCUACGAGGAGCAGCCGAAAUAUGACUGGGAGCCCCUUGCUGACAAGUUUCACAUUUAUCGAGGAAUUAUUAGCAAUUUUUCUGAUGUCAUUAGUAUACAUAAGACCGCAGUGCUAAAGCGAAGGGAGUGCGAGAAACUGGUAAAUGAACACAAGAUGGAGACGCAGCAGCUACGGGAGCUAAACCAGCGGACUGACGUGAUUGCACGUGCCCUCGGAGCAGAGGAAAUGCAUUUCCAAACGGAACGUGAUAUCCAUGUCAGUCAAACGAUUAAGAACCACCUCGUCGAGCAAAUAAGCUUUUAUCAGAAAAUCGUUAAUAAAUUACAGGACGCGCUUAACUCUUUCGAUGCUUAAUGAACAAUUAUUUGUAUUUUUCAAAUUGCCUUUCUAUGAAAAUGCCUAUUUAUGAAAUCACGA